ACAAAUUAAUGGCUGCUGUUCCUCAUAGCCCAAGUUCUUCGAGCUCAGAGAAAAGCAGGAGGAGCGGGAGAAGCACAGCCUCCAGGGGUCGGAAGAGGAAGUAUUUCGACUAUGAAUCAGAUUUCUCCUUAGGAGAUGAGGACAUUCCACACGAGAUCAAUAGAUGGAAAAGUUUCGAUUUAGAUCCUUUAGGCAUAUACUUCAAUAGAACAUUUGAAGAUGGCCCAACUUGUAUGUUUGACGUUUUAGCCAAAAGUGAACUUCCAUUUGAAGCAAAUCCGCUGGCGAAGGAAACUCUCGAUGCAUUGAAAAGCAAACUGACUUUUGAUUUACCUCCUUUGGAUGGACUUCCAAGGUGGUCAAUGAAUUACGCUAGUUCUCUCAUCAACCAGUUGUACAAGAACACUGCUUUGUUAAGACAGUCGGUAUCAACAAAUGACAAUAUGCUGAACAUUUCUUUGAGUUAUGCCAUUGAUUUCACUCAACGUGUUGCAUUUAUGUUAGAAAGACUCUACAGAAAGAAACCAACAGCAAAGCAUAUGUUUUCUGGAAUGGUUGGAGCAUUUGCAAGAAUGUGCUUUUUACAGGAUGAGUUAGGAAAUGUUUAUGAUAGUGAGAUGUGCCUAAAUAAUGUUGAUGUUGUAUCCAGACCAGACAUAAGACUAAAAGGAACAUUACUUAAUACUGACGAAGAUGAUUUAUCACAACAGCUAUCCCAUUUAGUUGUCUCUGUAAUAGAGAUAAAACAAAAUUCUGACAGUAAGGAUCCAGUAUAUAAACAUAAGACAAGAUCGGAAAAAGGAUGCUCAGAAACAAACGAAGAUGCUGACAUUCAUGAACUAUCCUUUCUUGAUGCAGCAGUCUUAGGGCAGCAUGCAGGGGAACUUCUUUUGGAGUGGGAAGAUUCCUGUUUUAACCCAUACAUGCCAGGGAUGAUUGUUUCUGGAACAAAAGUUGUUAUGACAUUACUUCAUAUAACACAGCAUCAUGUUAAUAGACUUAAGAACAGUUGGGAUCUUGUUCCAGAUGAAGACAAAGCAACAAUUCAUUAUGGAAAACCCUUAGAUCUAUUGGUAAAGGAAGAUAGGGAUAUCUUACUUGAGACAUUGUUUAAGCUUAGUCUCAUGAAUAGAAAUAUAGAUUGGUUUCCAGGUUGAGCGGAUUUCUAAGAAUAAAAAGGACUUAAUGAAUAACUGGAGUUAGAUGUUGUUGAAUACGACAUGUUGAACUCACAUCAAACUGCAACUGAAAAUCCUAUCUUUUCUAAUAAAAUUGUUAAUAAAUUAGAAAUUGAUAUAUUCACAGUGGCCUAGCCUACAUUAGUGCCAAGUGCAGACCUGCCAACUUUUAAAAUCCUCCUUGAGGGAUUUUAACUGUGAUAUGAGAUCACAAAUACUGACCGAUUGUGUGGGUAAUAAUCAUUAGAAAACAUAACAUGACAAAAAGGUAUAUUCAGGAUCAUAUUGGUUUGUAUCUUGUAUACUUGGUUUGAUGCUGUAUGUAUCAUUCUGUAUUCAGAUGUUAGUUCGUCUCAUUUGUUUUAUUUGUAUAGUCACUGCACAUAUUCAAAAUAAAUUGACAAACAAUUGA